ACAAAAGAUAAGAUAGUUCACAUUUACUCCCCUAGUCAAUCCUAACAGCUAAUUUACAACCCAACUUCUCCUCGUGCUUCUCUCUCUCGUACACACAAAAAAACACAUUAUAUAUCUGCACAAAAAAAAGAAGAAGAGAGGUAGAGAGAAUUAUCAGACCUCUGUUCCAAUUAUUUUUUCUGAUCAAAUUAAAUCAAUGUCUGAAAUAGAAAGUUGUGAUCAGGACAUGCCUAGAGUUGUAAAUUUCAUGGCCUCUGUUCUUGAAAGAGUGGCAGAAACAAAUGAUCUCAGCCGUAGAUUUAGUGCACAAAAGAUCUCUAUGUUUCAUGGACUUACUAGGCCUACAAUUUCUGUUUUGAGUUAUUUGGAAAGGAUAUUCAAAUAUGCCAAUUGUAGUCCUUCUUGUUUUAUUGUGGCAUAUAUUUAUCUUGAUCGGUUUUCACAGAGACAACCAUUGUUGCCAAUCAAUUCUUUCAAUGUUCAUCGGUUGCUCAUCACUAGUGUCUUGGUUUCUGCUAAAUUCAUGGAUGAUAUAUUUUACAACAAUGCUUACUAUGCAAAAGUUGGAGGAAUAAGCACAACAGAAAUGAACCUACUAGAAGUGGACUUCUUAUUUGGGAUAGGAUUUCAAUUAAACGUGACUCCCUCAACAUUCCACACCUACUGCUCUUAUCUACAGACAGAGAUGUUGCUGCUAGAAACACCACCCAUCCCAAUGCCUCUCAAAAUUGGCAGAAAUGUGAACCAACAUUGUUGCAUCAGUGAGGAUGAAUCCACUCAUCAACACCAUGAAUUAGCCGUUUGACAAAAAAAAAAUAUUGAACUAAAUUUUGUCACUACUGAGGACUGAAUUGCUUAAUGAAGAAGGUCAAGAUUCUAUACUUCUUGGCCUUAUCAAGUUUGUAACUUGUAAAGAAGCAUUAAGUUGCAGCUUUGUGGACUCUUGAUGUUCCAUUUUUGAACUUUUUCUUAUUGAGUUUUGAUACAAAA